AUGGGCAUUGCUCCUUCUCCGUCGUGCACGGUGCACCCUGCUACCAGCAUCGCACGGCGCACAGGUGACGACAUGGGCGCGAACGCCGGCGACGGUGAGGGCUGGCCGAACGCCCUCGCCAAGUACGAGGCGCUCGCGUCCUCGCUACCGUCCCGCAAGGGUCUCGGGAGCGCCUUGUACCGCAGGCACGGCGGCUUCUGGUACCCGGAGCACCUGAUGGCGCCGACGCUGGCCGCGCGAGGCUCGUUCGUGGCCCGCCCCAGCGAUGUCAUCCUCGCCACCAUCCCCAAGUCCGGCACGACGUGGCUCAAGGCGCUCUCCUUCUCCGUCGUGCACCGUGGACGCCACGCGCCGGGCAGCCCGGGCCACCCGCUCCUCGGCUCCAGCCCUCACGACCUCGUCCCGUUCCUGCACUCUACCUACGAGAGCCGCUCGGCCGCCGUCGCGCCCGUCGAUCUCCUCGAGGCCAUGCCGUCGCCGUCGCCGCGCAUCCUGGCCGUGCACACGCCGCUCUCGAGCCUGCCCGCGUCGGUCAGGGAAUCCGGCUGCCGCGUCGUCUACCUGUGCCGUGACCCCAAGGACGCGUUCGUCUCGCUCCGACAUUAUCUCGACGAGAUCAAACCCGAGGGAUCCACCAUGACGCCGUUCGCCGAGGCCUUCGAGCUGCUCUGCGAUGGCGUCUCGCCGUUCGGGCCAAUGUGGGAACAUGCUGCCGAGUACUGGAAGGAGAGCCUGGCGCGGCCGGAGCAGGUCAUGUUCCUCCGGUACGAGAGCCUCAAGGAGGACGGCGCGGGGAGCGUGAGGACGCUCGCCGGCUUCCUCGGCCGCCCGUUCACCGACGACGAGGUGGCCAGGGGCGUCCCCGAGGCCAUCGUGGAGCUCUGCAGCAUGCAGCGGAUGAGAAGCGUGGAGGCCAACCGAGACGGCAAGCACGGGGCCGCCACCAGCUGGUCGUUCAAGAACUCGGCCUUCUUCAGGAAGGGGGAGGUCGGGGACUGGAAGGAGCACAUGACGGAGGCGAUGGCGCAGAGGCUCGACGGCGUCGUGAAGGAGAAGCUGCGGGGCACCGGGUUGUCACUGUCUCACUGAUCCUCCGCCGGUAGCUGACCGAGCUCUACUUUCCCAUACUUUCGUGGAGAUGCGUUAGCAUUUCGAUCCGUUUAAUUUUCUCUCCGUGUAUCUUGUGUCGCGUUGCGCACAUGGCUUCGUUGCCAUGGGAACUUGCUCGAUCUUCCCUAGGCAGGUUGUCUGUGGGGGUUGAUCAGCAGAUAGUCGCUCCGAUUCAAAUAAAUGAACUAAGUUUUAUUUUUGUUAUCACUGAAUACGAAUACCAGGAUUGCU